AUGCCGGUCGAAUUGCCAGUUGACACGUUAAACAAAUCUUCGUCGGAGGUUGUCUUUAGAAGAAAACAUAAUGCUUUGUUUAAGAAAUUAGCGCAGAAGACUCACUUCAACUUGAGAGAAGUUGAAGCAUUAGCUAUUAUACAUAGAAAAAUAACGCAAACCUUGGGCCCUAUGACAAGAGUGAUAUUUAGAGACGUUUUGCAUUCUAGUUUGGAUUUUACUGAAAAUAUUCGACAUUUAUACAUCGACAGAAUAUUUGCUACGUUUGACAAGAAAAACGUCUUGCAAAUUCACUUGGAACAAUGGAUUGAAGGGCUCUCUAUAAUCCUUCGUGGCAACUUAAAUGAAAGGAUACAUUUUGCUUUUACUGUAUACGAUUUUUUUCGUACUAACAAAUUGAAGAAGGAGCAAGUAUUUCCAUCAAUGCGAGGUUGCUUAAUUAAAUUACAGACAGACGAAGAUCCCGAUGAAGGAGUAAAGGAUUUGAUUGAUUCACUGCUGAAAAAACUCGAUGUCGAUCGCGACGGUGUAAUAUCCGAGGAAGAAUUUUCAAGGGCCAUAAAAGAAAGAAAUCUAUUGCUAUUAGAAUGUAUGGGACCAGUGUUUCCAUCAAGAGUAGCACGACGAGCGUUUCUGAGCACAUUUACGAAUCGACUUGGACGAUUUUGA